AUGGAGAAUAAGAGCACCUCCUCCCAGCUGCCCACUUUACUGUGGGCAGCCAGUAGUAGUAGAGGUAGCAGCAGCAGAAGCAACAGUAGUAUUAGCAUCAGCAGUAGCAGCAAUAGUAGCAGCAGCAGCAUUAGGAGCAGCAUUAGUAGUAGAAGUAUCGGCAGUAGUAGCAGCAGCAGCAGCAGUAGCAGCAAUAGUAGCAGUAGCAGCAGCAGUAGAAUCAGCAGUAGCAGCAAUAGUAGCAGUAGCAGCAGCAGUAGAAUCAGCAGUAGCGGCAGGAGAGGCAGUAGUAGCAGUAGUAGCAGCAGUAGUAGCAGUAGCAGGAGCAGCAGUAGCAGUAGGAGCAGCAGUAGAAUCAGCGGUAGUAGCAGCAGUAAUAGUAGCAGCAGUAAUAGGAGCAGCAAGAGCAGCAGCAGUAGCAGCAGUAAUAGUAGCAGCAGUAAUAGUAGCAGCUGUAAUAGUAGCAGCAGUAGCAGCAGGAGCAGUAAUAGUAGCAGCAGUAGCAGCAGGAGCAGCAGCAGUAGCGGCAGUGGUAGAGGCAGCAGUUGUAGCAGCGGUAGUAGCAGCAGUAGUAGCAGCAGCAGUAGGAUCAGCAGCAGUAGAUUCAGCAGUAGCAGCAGGAGCAGCAGUAGCGGCAGUAGUAGCAGCAGUAGGAGCAGUAGUAGCAGUAGUAGCAGCAGUAGGAGCAGCAGCAGUAGUUGUAACAGCAGUAGCAGCAGCAGUAGUAGCAGUUGUAGCAGCAGUAGGAGCAGCAGCAGUAGUUGUAACAGCAGUAGCAACAGCAGUAGUAGCAGUAGUAGCAGUAGUAGCAGCAGAAGGAGCCGCAGCAGUAGUUGUAACAGCAGUAGCAGCAGCAGCAGUAGUAGCAGUAGUAGCAGUAGUAGCAGCAGUAGGAGCAGCAGCAGUAGUUGUAACAGCAGUAGCAGCAGCAACAGUAGUAGCAGUAGUUGUAACAGCAGUAGCAGCAGCAGCAGUAGUAGCAGUAGGAGCAGCAGUAGUUGUAGCAGUAGCAGUAGUAGCAGGAGGAGCAGUAGUUGUAGCAGUAGCAGUAGUAGCAGGAGCAGCAGUAGUUGUAGCAGUAGUAGCAGGAGCAGCAGUAGUUGCAGCAGUAGUAGCAGGAGCAGCAGUAGUUGUAGCAGUAGCAGUAGUAGCAGGAGCAGCAGUAGUUGUAGCAGGAGCACCAGUAGUUGUAGCAGUAGCAGGAGCAGCAGUAGAUGUAGCAGUAGUAGCAGCAGUAGUUGUAGCAGUAGUAGCAGGAGCUGCAGUAGUUGUAGCAGUAGUAGCAGUAGUAGCAGGAUCAGCAGUAGUUGUAGCAAUAGUAGCAGGAGUAGCAGUAGUUGUAGCGGUAGCAGUAGUAGCAGGAGGAGCAGCAGUAGUUGUAGCAGUAGCAGUAGCAGUAGUAGCAGGAGCAGCAGUAGUUGUAGCAGUAGUAGCAGGAGCAGCAGUAGUUGCAGCAGUAGUAGCAGGAGCAGCAGUAGUUGUAGCAGUAGCAGUAGUAGCAAGAGGAGCAGCAGUAGUUGCAGCAGUAGUAGCAGGAGCAGCUGUAGUUGUAGCAGCAGUAGAUGUAGCAGUAGUAGCAGGAGGAGCAGCAGUAGUUGUAGCAGUAGUAGCAGGAGCUGCAGUAGUUGUAGCAGUAGUAGCAGUAGUAGCAGGAUCAGCAGUAGUUGUAGCAAUAGUAGCAGGAGUAGCAGUAGUUGUAGCAGUAGCAGUAGUAGCAGGAGGAGCAGCAGUAGUUGUAGCAGUAGCAGUAGCAGUAGUAGCAGGAGCAGCAGUAGUUGUAGCAGUAGUAGCAGGAGCAGCAGUAGUUGCAGCAGUAGUAGCAGGAGCAGCAGUAGUUGUAGCAGUAGCAGUAGUAGCAAGAGGAGCAGCAGUAGUUGCAGCAGUAGUAGCAGGAGCAGCUGUAGUUGUAGCAGUAGCAGUGGUAGCAGGAGGAGCAGUAGUUGUAGCAGUAGCAGUAGUAGCAGGAGGAGCAGUAGUUGUAGCAGUAGCAGUAGUAGCAGGAGCAGCAGUAUUUGUAGCAGUAGUAGCAGGAGCAGCAGUAGUUGCAGCAGUAGUAGCAGGAGCACCAGUAGUUGUAGCAGUAGCAGUAGUAGCAGGAGCAGCAGUAGUUGUAGCAGUAGCAGUAGUUGCAGGAGCAGCAGUAGUUGUAGCAGUAGCAGUUGUAGCAGGAGCACCAGUAGUUGUAGCAGUAGCAGUAGUAGCAGGAGCAGCAGUAGUUGUAGUAGAAGCAGUAGUAGCAGGAGCAGCAGUAGAUGUAGCAGUAGUAGCAGGAGGAGCAGCAGUAGUUGUAGCAGUAGUAGCAGGAGCUGCAGUAGUUGUAGCAGUAGUUGUAGCAGUAGUAGCAGGAGCAGCAGUAGUUGUAGCAGUAGUUGUAGCAGUAGCAGUAGUAGCAGGAGGAGCAGCAGUAGUUGUAGCAGUAGCAGUAGUAGCAGGAGCAGCAGUAGUUGUAGCAGUAGUAGCAGGAGCAGCAGUAGAUGUAGCAGUAGCAGUAGUAGCAGGAGGAGCAGCAGUAGUUGUAGCAGUAGAAGUAGUAGCAGGAGCAGCAGUAGUUGUAGCAGUAGUAGCAGGAGCAGCAGUAGUUGUAGCAAUAGUAGCAGGAGUAGCAGUAGUUGUAGCAGUAGCAGUAGUAGCAGGAGGAGCAGCAGUAGUUGUAGCAGUAGAAGUAGUAGCAGGAGCAGCAGUAGUUGUAGCAGUAGUAGCAGGAGCAGCAGUAGUUGUAGCAGUAGUAGCAGGAGCAGCAGUAGUUGUAGCAGUAGUAGCAGGAGCAGCAGUAGUUGUAGCAGUAGUAGCAGGAGCAGCAGUAGUUGCAGCAGUAGUAGCAGGAGCAGCAGUAGUUGCAGCAGUAGUAGCAGGAGCAGCAGUAGUUGUAGCAGUAGUAGCAGGAGCAGCAGUAGUUGUAGCAGUAGAAGCAGGAGCAGCAGUAGUUGCAGCAGUAGUAGCAGGAGCAGCAGUAGUUGUAGCAGUAGCAGUAGUAGCAAGAGGAGCAGCAGUAGUUGCAGCAGUAGUAGCAGGAGCAGCUGUAGUUGUAGCAGUAGCAGUAGUAGCAAGAGGAGCAGCAGUAGUUGUAGCAGUAGCAGUAGUAGCAGGAGGAGCAGUAGUUGUAGCAGUAGCAGUAGUAGCAGGAGCAGCAGUAGUUGUAGCAGU